CCGCGGGGUAACCUGACAGUCCCUCAUCAAUGUCCGCUUACAUUAGCUCACGCGAAACCGUUCAACGCCGAAGAGAGAUGUAAAGGAUGAAUUAUGCGCUCGACCGUGUUACAGCUGAAGAACUCGCGAAUUCUCGAACCUGUUCACCGUGCAUGUGCGAAAGAAUAUCGUCUAGUGAUCGUUGACGACGAUGAUGCAGUGUUUAAUUCGGAAAACAUCAUCGCGCAUCAAGUGCUGUACAGUGCGUGAAGAUACAGCGUUUCCGGAACUGAGUGCGCGUGAAUAAACGAGCAUCAUGACGACCAAGUGUUGCGACGAAGAGAACAAAAGCCUUUGGGCAUUCUGGUACUUCUGGCUGGGGUUCGCGGGUGCAGUCAUCAUGCUCCUAACUCUACUCAUCUGUGCGUCAUUGCUAUGGUAUAAGAAGCAUCAUUCGUCGUCGACGAGGGAACUAGCUCGACGUAACGUUCCUUGCGAAACGAUCAUACGGAUCCAAAACCUGAGAAUUCCCAUCAACAGCCAUCAUCGUCACGGUGAUAAUAUUAAUAACUCGUCUGAUGUAACGCAAAACGUUUGCGAACAAGGAUACAUCACGACCAGAACAGAAAGACCCGGAGGAAUCAUUCGUCCCAGUGUGCAAGGAAAGUUCGAAUGGUACCCGACCGAGAAGCAAACGAAAGGUACGGGAACUUCUAGCGCCAAAACCUUGAGGGGCAUGAGUCCUCUUAGUCCUGCGUAUCCUCCGAUUAAUCCCAUGCAAUUGACGCGAGUUCCGGCUACUGAAGUCUGUACUCAUCGGAGAUACAACGAUGACUACACGGAAAUCGUGCUUCCUCCGGGAUACAUCAUCACACAGGAGAAACCCCGCAUGAUACCCGAAGAAUGAGCGAUUUUCAAUCAAUAUUAAUAAGUUUCCUGUGCCAAUAAAGAUCAUCCCGAAAAUAUUGAGAGCUCGCGCGCGGCCGUGAAAGUGAUGCACACCAACGGAAAUUCUCAUGCGAUUUAUUUUUGUCGUCGGAGUAUCAAAUCAAUGCUUGAGUGAUGAACGGGUGAAUUUUUUAUGAAAAUUUGGAAAUGUAUACAAAAUUGCUUUUAUUUGUCGCU